GGCGCCGCCAUCAUGGCGGCCGUGUCGGUAUUCCCGUCCCCAGGCGAGCUCGGCGCGGCGCUGGCGCGGUCGGUGGCGGAGGCGGCGGCCGAGGCGGUGGCAAGCAGCGGCCGCUUCACGCUGGGGCUGUCCGGGGGCUCGCUGGUGCAGCUGCUGGCGCGGGAGCUGCCGCCCGCCCUCAGCGCCGUGGCCGGCUCCGAGCCGAGCCGCUGGCUGGUGGCGUUCUGCGAUGAGCGCCUGGUGCCGCCCGAGCACCCCGAGAGCACCGGCGGCGCCUACCGGGCCCAGCUGCUGUCCCAGCUCGCUGCCCCCCCCCAGGUGCUCUGGGUCCGUUCCGAGCUGGGCCCGGCCGAGGCUGCGCGGGAAUACGAGGGCAGGCUGAGACAGGCGUUCCCAGGCGAGGCCCCCCAGUUUGACCUGCUGCUGUUGGGGGUGGGGCCGGACGGUCACACCUGCUCGCUGUUCCCGGGACACGCCCUGCUCCAGGAGCAGAAUUCCCUGAUUUCCCACCUGGAGGACUCUCCCAAGCCGCCUCCCCGGCGGGUGACGAUGACGCUGCCGCUGCUCAACGCGGCCAAAUCCCUGCUGGUCGUGGCCACCGGGGCUGCCAAGGCCCCUGUGAUCAAGCGGAUCCUGGAGCAGCAGGAGGAUCCCGACCCCGUCCCGGCCGCGCGGCUCCGGCCCCGCUCGGGGCGGCUCCGGUGGCUCCUGGACCGGGAGGCGGCGGCCGAGCUGGGGCAGCGCCCGUGAGCCUGGAAUUCCAUGGGAAAUCCGGGAAUUCCGGGGGAAAAAUGGGAAAUGGGGAUGGAGGAAUUCCGGGAAAAAUAACCCAGGAAAAAUGGACUUGGAAUGGAAACAUUCGUGUGGGAAAAAUGGGAAAAAAUGUCUUUAAAAUGGAGGAAUUCCGGAAAAAAUAGCCCAGGAAAAAUGUGCUUAAAAUGGAGAAAAUCCCAGGA